AUGCUUGACAACUCUGGCCCCAUUGCACGCACAGCACCAGCUCCGUACCAGAUUGUUGACUGUGAGAAGCGGAGUGUUGCGGGCUUGACUUGCAACUCUGUGAUCCAGAGCAACAUGGAGCCUGCGGGAAACAACAAUUGCGCUAUUGUUCCCAGCAGUGAUGCUGUGCAUAGAUUCGCUGGUUUUGACAAGGCCCUUCCUAAGUCAUGGCAUGCCGCACGUGUUGCCUCGGAAGGUUGUACAACUGAGUGGUUGGAGAGCUAUGGGAAUGAAAUGAAUCCAAGGCACUACACGUACUGCUGCCCCGGCCGUGAUUCCGCCGGGGGGAGGGGAAGACGAUACGUAACUAGUCGUAUCUUUGACAUGGAUUCGCCCACGUCUCCUACUCCAAGUAGUCCAGCGGGGGUAGAUCCAGCUGUGAAGAUCAUUAUCUCCAAGAUCAAACUAGGCAAGGACAAGGAAGUGAAGGAAAUCAUCGCAAGCAACCCUUCGAUUAUCAAGACAGCCACUGAUACCAGCACCAACACCACUCUCCUUCAUCUCGCUGCUCUCAAUGGCCAUAAACGAAUUGUCAAAGAGCUUCUUCGGCAUACGGAGUACUUUGAUCCGUACGCGAAGAACAUCAAAGGGUUGACAGCAGUCGACCUUGCUCGAGACUUCAACUACAAUGAUUUAUCAGACUACAUCAAGAGCAAACUUCCCGGGAUUGAAGAAUCGCAUCCAAAGGCUGGUGCAGGGCAGUCGUUGAUGGAGAGGCGAAUGGACCAACUGGACGACGUGAGCGAGGAUCUGAUCAGAAUUCAGAAUGAAAGGAGAGAGCUUGAAGCGGAGAUCGUUGCUGCAAGAUCUGAGGAUUCCAAGGUUGAUCAUCAGGAAGACCCUGCCGUCAUUCAGAAGAUGAUCUCAGAGAAGGAGGAGCGAGAGCGGAUUGAAAAGGAAUUGAGGCAGCGCAUCGAGUUGUUGGAGUUGGAAGCAAAAGCUGAACAAGAACGUCGAGAUCGAGAAUACGAGGCCAAGUUGAAAGAGCUAGAAGCCGUUGCGAUACAGAAGGAGGAGGAGCGUGCGAGGAUCGAGCAGGAGAAGGCGCAGCUGGAGAAGGAGAAGGAAGAAUUUGAGCAUAGGAUGCAGACUCGACAGCGAGGACUGCAAGACCAUGCCGAGGAGGUCAAGCAGGGAAAGGAGGAGGCAGAGAGCAACUUGAUGGAGAAAGAUCGAAUGCUUGAGAGCAAACAGGAAGAGCUCAGCAGAGAGAUCGCCAAGAAGAAUGAGAUUCUUGCAGAACUUGCGCAGCUCAAGUCUCUGAUCGCUCAGACUAAAAAAGCAGCAGAAGAUCACGAGAAGACAUCGCCAGAGGAUAGCAGAGACGAGGAAGGCAGCAAGAAGCCUCACAUAGACGUGAAGUCAGAGAAGGAUCGGCUAAUCUCCGAGUUUGAGAAUCGGAGAAAGGAGCUGGAGCAGCAGCAGAAGCAGGAACAGGAGCGGCAAGAGCGGCUUCUGAACGAGCUGCUCGACAUGAAAAGGAAGAAGAAGAACGCCAAGUUGAACAGGAACAGCACUUUCUCUUCCUCAUACUACUUCUCUCCUUACUUGGGCAACAGGAACACAAGCAGUCCCGAGGGCGACGAGCAGGAGGGAGCAGACUAG